CGAAAAAUUCCCAAAGCGGAGUACAAAACAAGGAAGUUGCGGGACGUCGGUGCCUUCCAUCUGAUGACGAUAAGCGUCUUCCACCUGGUUUUAGUAAUGCGUGAAAGUUUCUUUUUAGAAACCCUAAUCCACGCUCCAAUUUCUCUCUCUCUCUUUCUCGCUCUACGUCAUCUUGAAGGCAGGCUAUAAAUAAGCAGUUUUAAAUAGAUGGAGAAGGUGGGAUUACCGCCGCCAUUGAUCCUUUGCUAUCUGUUCUUCUUCUCGGUUCUCUCCAAACUUGUCUUCUCUGGUGGUUCGAUAUGUGUUCACAGGUGAUCUCCCCGCACACCCCUGACUCUGUGUGCGUGUGUGUGUGUUUUGACUUGACUUUUGUUCGGUUGGGAUGGAUGUGUAUGCACAAUCUUGAAAAUUUGGUGUUACGGAAAUUAAGGUUGCGUUUUCGCUCAAUUCCAUUAUGCAGUGUAGUUUGGCAUGGGCAGGGCAUCGAUCUUUCUUUCCUGGGAGAAGGAUGAACACUGAAAUUCCUUUCAGGAGGAUUGAUUAUAAUACUGGAAAGAAGUGGAGUUCAGAGGGGUUUUUUUGAAGAUUCACGGGCUGUGCAACUACCACAGGUUCAAAGGACGAUCGGCAAUCCUAAAGUCUCCUUUGUGUCUGCUUCUUGUCCUUGCAAUGAUUUGCUACUUAUUAUUCGUCUUACAGAAGUAGCAUUGUUGUUUCGUCACAAUCAAGGGGAUGAUCUAUUAUUUCUCGGAGCCAUUCUUUUCCUGCCAUUACUUGGAUUUUAGGCAUGAUGACAAGUUCGCAAAUUGCAAGCACUGCUUUCACUUUGGGAACAGUUGCUGUACUUCCUUUCUACACGCUUAUGGUUUUUGUACCUAAAUCUACUCUGGCUAAGAGAGUUAUGGAGAGCAAUAUUCCCUUUGCGUCACUUGCCAUACUAUACGGAUGCCUUGUAUAUCUCUCAUGGACUCCUUCAACAUUAACUUUGCUUUUUGCUAGUAAAUACUGGCUUCCUGAGUUACCUGGAAUAUCAAAGAUGUUUGCUAGUGAGAUGACUUUGGCUUCUGCAUGGAUUCACUUUCUUGUUGUAGAUCUUUAUGCUGCCAGGCAGGUAUUUGUUGAUGGAUUGAAGAACAAAGUGGAGACUCGGCAUUUAGUAAUCUUAUGUCUUCUAUCCUGUCCUUUUGGAAUUGUAACCCAUCUCAUCACUAAGGAAAUGAUGAAGAUUGCUAAAGGACCCCGCUGAAAAAUUUUCAAGAUUAUUUUGCAAUUCUUCGAGGGACUUUUCCGUCGUUUUCAACAUGGUUGUGUGAUGAUGGCAAUGCUUGUAAUUUGUGGAAGCUCUCGUCUAAUUUGAAUUUAAUCUGCAUUUCUUUUGUUCAACUAUAACUUUAUUGGUACAAGAAUAAAAUAUGCUUUUGACAUCUAUUUCGUUUAAAUGCAUGUAAAAGACGCGCUCAUCGUGAGUAAUCUAAUCACCUUCAAUAAACACUUCU